AUAAUUUCAGACAAAUACAGUCAAAACAAAAGUCACGUGAUGAGUCCCCGAGAAGCUGAUCUUAAAGCGCACUUAUCAACGUGAAUUGAUUUUUGCCAUCCCAUAAUUUCGUGUUAUUAUUAUCUACAGCAGUGGGCGGUUUCAGACGCAGGCAAAUUGAUCAAAGUCCUAAAAGGGCGGAUUUAUCAGGACGGUAUCUGUUACCAUCCAGCCUGAUGUAGUGUGCAGUAGCAGAAACACUCCCACCCUACUGAAGAUUUUCUUCACUGUUGUACAUCGAGUCCGAGAUGAGAAGGAGAGUUGAUGAAACUGCUGCGUCCAAACGCACUGAGGGGAAAUCGGUGAAAAGGGAAACUGGUGAAGUGCAAACCAAAACCAAGUCAUCAUGGUGGGUGUGGGUGAAAAGGGGACUGAUAGCCCUUUGCACUCUGUAUGUGGCCACACCAUUUAUUCUGCAAUUCUUUCCCAGUGUCAUACAAUACCUGGUUUAUAAACACGCCGUAACAUACUUUGUUGACUUGAGGCGUCCCUGUGAUCUUGGUCUCAAUCACACCGUCAAUAUGUACCUGACCUCAGAAGCAGGAGUGACACUAGGAGUAUGGCACACGGUUCCUGAACAAAAGUGGAAGGAGGCUCAAGGUAAAAGUUUGGCGUGGUACGAGCAGUCUUUGGGGGAUGGUUCCCCUGUUUUCAUCUACCUCCAUGGCAAUACGGGCAACAGAGCAGCGCCACAUCGUUUAGGAGUUGCCAAUGUGUUAAGUGCUCUUGGCUAUCAUGUCGUGGUUAUGGAUUACAGAGGCUUUGGGGAUUCAACCGGAAAGCCCACUAAGGGUGGACUAAUCACGGAUGCACUUCAUCUGUACCACUGGGUACGGGCACACAGCAAGGACAGUCUGGUCAUCAUAUGGGGUCACUCCCUUGGUACAGUAGUGGCAACUAACAUUGCAGUGAAACUACAAGAGCAAGGAAACCCUGUUGAUGCAGUGAUACUAGAAGGUGCUUUCACAAAUAUAAAAUGCCAAAAGGACAGUCCCAACCCUUCACCUGGUAUUACUGGAGAUUUCCAUACAUACAGUACUACUUUUCCCAGGACUCAACUGAAGCAAAUAUCCAUAUAUUGCUCAAUGGUGAAAACUGCCAAUGAGGAUAUUUUAUUUUACUCUAGCUUGAAAAAAAUGACAACUCCUCUUAUGAUCCUUCAUUCUAAAGAUGACCACAUGGUUCCUUUCAGGAUGGCUGAGGAGCUUUACAACACUGCUAAAAGUGUGCUGAAGUCAGAGGAUAAAGUCAGACUGGUGGCAUUUGAUGGAUCCCAUGGGUAUCUUCAUAAUGGACUUUAUAGGGAUCCUUCACUACCAAAUUAUAUAAGGGAGUUUGUGCAGUCAGUUGCAAAGUAAUCUGAAGGCUUCAAAAUUGGCACCAAGUUAAACCUACAGGUUUUCAUCUUCACAUAUAUGUUUUACUAUCCUUUUGUUAACUUUAGUGAUGUGUGCUUGCAGUUCACUUUUCUUAAAAGCCAUUCCUGUUCUGAGAUUAUGAUGUCAAUUCAGUAGACACUGAAAAAAACAAAUUAUUUUAAAAAAACAAUUAUUAUUGAUUACAGCUGCAAAUAUCUAGUUUUUGCUGCAUACCAUAUAAAUUUACCAAUAAGUUUUUUUUAUUUGUUAAUGAAUGACACUUCAUCAUUUUUAUCAUUUAUAAUUUCAUUUAAUGCUUUCCAUGAAAUAACUUCCUGUAACAUAACAUUAAUUUCCUCAUCAGACUCUUUAUUCUCAGUCUCUCUCUUCUCUGAGGUAUAUUAUCAACAUACUGCUCUAGAUAACUGUAUACAGAUUUUCAACAGGCUUAUUGUUCUAACAGUUGGACAGUUCUAAGAACACGCGCGCACACACACACAAAUAGAAUAAAUAUGCCCAGAAAGCCCAUUUCAAAAAUAGAUUUAGCUGCUUAGAACCAACAAAAUCCCCAUUUUCUCCAUUGAGUGCACUAAGAAACAUUAACUAUAGCAAGUUUAACCUUUAUAAACUGAGCUACUGACUGUAAGCAAUGGCUAUAAUAAUAUAAAUCAAUGUAAUUAAUCAAUUAAUUAAAAUUGUAAAAGGCUGAGCAGGAAUAUAUUAUACUGUUUCUGUCCAUAGGCGUAGACAAAAUAGUAGAGACUGAACAAAAAAAAAUUUUUCCCCAAAAUUUCAGUUUAGCCAUAUUCAAGAUUUUAGUUUCUCGGGUAAUACAAUGUAAUGCAUUGUAGAAAUAAAAUGGAAACAGGUUAUUCAAA